AUGUUCCUGAACAGGGAGUCUGCUCCAGAUGUGGGGAGCUCCUGUGCUUUGAUGAAUCGCACUGGCAAAACCAAUGCAAAGAAGGGUUUGAAAAAUGAUUAUAAUGCAUACAAAGAUUAUCAUGAUAGGGAAAUUGAUGCCCACAUCAUUGCAUCUUUCAUGAAAUUUGCUGGGAUGAAAUCUAUUAAUGGUAAAAUAUAUUUAGUUAUACUGUUAUUAAUUGCACCUCCAUUGGUAGAAGUGCAGGUGCAGCCUAAUCAAAUUCUUUCCUCAAUCCUGGAAUACAAAAUGACCUGGUUUCAGCAUGUCAAGUAUUUGAAGAUUUUCCAGGGGGAGGGCUGUUCCCCACAAGAAUUUGUCUGAUCUCCUCUCCCAAGCAGGGACCUACUAAAUUUGGGGUGGGGUGUAGUGGACCAUUUUACCUGAAUUUUACAAAUUUAUGUGACCUUGCAACACCCCCCCCCCCCCAGAUGAAUGUAGUAGGAAUGUAGCGAGCACGCAAAGAACAUUAGGUAAGAAAAGAACACGAGGUCGAGAGAGCAUGGAUAGAUUGUAGUUUUGUACUUUUAUGUGAUGUUUUCGCAACAAGUGGGGGUGCAAAGCACUUCGCCAUCAGCCUAACCUGAGGUCUAACCCACCUAACUCAGUACAUCCCUCCUCAAAUUUUCGUGAAUCCCAUUAUCCUGUUUAUCCUGCACAGGCACAUGCCACUGCAGGCGCUACUAAACCUUGCAAUACCCAACCCAAUAGCUCAUCCAGGUCUGAUCCACAAAUAUUUGGCUUACCAGCAGUUACCAAUCCACAGGGUGUGUUGCAAAGUCGACAUAUUCUGUGGGCCCCAGUCUUCUGCGGGAGUUAAAUUACCAUUACCAAUUGACAGCUGUUGUUCAGUGUCCCUGGUUAGUCAAGCACAUGCAGUCAUUGUUAUUUCUAAACGACCAGAUCUUAAACUUGAAAACCUUGGAAAACCUAUCCCUGUGUCGGUUGCUGAUGCCAGAUCCAAAUUAUCUGCCAUUGCCACCAUGCAAAUACCUAUUUUAUGGGGUGGGGGAGAAUCCAUAUGCUUCUAUGACUGACAUUGAUAUGACCAAUCCUGUUCCAAUAGAUGAUAUCACACCCUACAUUAAUUCAGGAACAAAGGAACUUGAUCCCAUUUCCCAAACUGGUUACUCAACAAUGUUAGCAAUUGAUUGUCAGCACAAACGGAUGAUCAUUAAUAACAAUGUUAUCUUGGCCCAGCUUCGGCCAUUAACUGCCGCCAAGGCAAGCUUUACAGAUGCUGCCUCAACCACUGCAUGUCGGUUAUCUGAUGCAUGGUUAACUUGGGCACAAAUGAACUCAGAUCAACCCCAACCUUCACACAGUUUAAUUCAACAAGGCUCAUAUCCCAGACAAACUUGGAAACGUCCAAAAUGCAGGCCUAGAUUCAUCUCUACUGCAGUCAUUUAAAGAAGAUAGCACUGAAUUUAACACAAAGCACCAUUAUCCAUUUCCUGAAGAUCAUAUCACACCAGUAUCACCUCAGGAACUGUUUGACCUUCUAGAACUUGAUGCUGACAAAUACUCUCAUGUUAGCCCAGAAAUUUUAGAUGCCUUCAAAGACAUUGUCACUAAGUACUAGUCAGUCGGCAUUUCUUAUACAAGGACAAAUGCUCAAUGAAAUUAAAGGUUUCAAACACAAUAUCAAUACAGGUGAUGCCUUACCUGUAUAUAAACAUCCCUAUUGGAAAACCCCAACCGAGCUGUUGGCAAUUAAGAAUGAGAUUGAAUGCAUGCUCAAGCUUCAAAUUAUUCAACCCAGUAAGUCACGUUCAUAAUCGAGAAGACCUCUCAGGCCUGUUUCAAAUGUUGUGCUUCUCAUGUGCCAAACGCAUUAGAAACAAUAGAUAAUGAGGCAUUUCAGCUGAUUAUCUUUUGUUUUUAACUCUUUCUCAGCCGCCCUUGCCGACAGCAGGUUUCGCAUUACAUUACGAGUCAAUGUUUCUAAUGUAAAUAUCUCGGCGAGUAUUUACCCCCCUUUAAAACAAAACGCACCAUUGAAAUCCUCUCGAAAUAACCUUUCGAACGGGGGGUCAAGUGCCGUCAUAACAUCACACAAACCAAAACAAUCAUAUAUUUAUACUCACCGCUUGACCAAACAUUCUGUUCGAUAUAUCGAGAAAAAGUUGAAUAUUUUCUAAACUAUUUGUCAUAUUCUAAAAUCCUAUAUGAGUAAAAGAUUCUUUGUAUUCAAGCGCUUUCGUGUAGAAAGUUUCGUAUGAAAACAGCGAAUAGAAAUAUUUAUUUUGAAUUUUUCAAGGAUAUCGGGUUUUACUCGCAUGUAAUACAUGGCCAAUAAGGAGCUCCUUUAGCCGGGAUGACGUCAAACUCACGCGUAUAGGUGCAAUUUGACCUGUAGAAUCCAUUUCUGACCUUUCUCGACACUUUUAAGUCGUAUUUCCGGUUUGGAUAAAAUCAAACUCGGACUAGAAAUGUAAGUCUGGUAAUAAAUGGCUAGAAUUUACAGAUAGAACUUUGAAAAUAAGACAGUAUACAGCAUUUCGAAUGGUUAAUCGAACAAGAGUGUCACAAUGAGCAUACAUCUCAAAGGGCCGAAGUUAUAUGUUCGGCAAAAGGUAUGUUUAUAAUUUGUUAGUAAUAUUGCGUAAUUUGAUCAUAUACGAGCUCGCUUGACUUUCAAAGUUCAUAAAUCGCUAUAAUGUUGCCAUUGACUGAAACUAUUGUUAUGAAUAAGUACAUAUUUUUACACUGAAUCGAAUGGUGGUAUUUUCAACGACAUAGCGUUUAUUGAAUCGAAGAUAUCAACGAAAACAUCCAUAGAUCCUGCACGUUCUACGCGUAAUGGUACCCGCUGAGAAAGAAUUAAUGCGUUCAGGACAUGAGAAGCGCGACGUUUGAAACAGGCCUUAGAAAUUCGUCAUGAACAGAAACCUGAUGAUGUUCAAGUUGUAAAUAUUGAAAAAAUUGUAGUUGUGCCUGAAGGCAUCCCUGAUAAACAUGAAGAUAUUUGUGAGCCUGAGGAACAAAAUGGUCAAUCAAGUAGCAUUUCCAAAGACGAUAUUCUACAACCACGACAGACGCAUCUCAAUCCUGACAACGUUAAAGUUGCACAUGCUAUUGCCAAUUAUCUAAAGGACCAACCAAACCAUAAAGCUUAUUCUUCCGAAGCCUGUAAAGCUAUUUACAAAAACUACCGGAAGCAAGAGAAAUCAUCGCAAGACUCGGUAAACUUUGUGGUAUUGUUACAAAAUGUCCAUAUCUCUCUCUAG